CUCCACUCUCGGACAGAACCGAGUCCAGAAGCGACGUGCCACCCCAGCUCUCCGCGGACCCCCAGCCCCCGCCCCCGCGCCCAUGGCCGCACUGGGACCCCGCACCUUACAGGCUAUUUGUGGCGGUUGCUGCUGCCUCCUCCUGUGUGCCCAGCUCGCCGUGGCUGGUAAAGGAGCUCGAGGCUUUGGGCGGGGUGCACUCUUUCGCAUGAACUUUGGGCCAGCUGUCGUAGGGAGCUGCAAACACCUGAAGCUCUGCGAGCACUGUGUGCAGAGCCACCGGGCUCACAACCUUUCUGGCUGCGUGUGGGAGCAGUGUCAGCAGGAGCCAGGACACUGCGUGGGCCCCGCUGAGGCGGUCAAGGAAGGUUGCUCCAUCUACAAUUACUCAGUGUCCUGUCCAGCUGCCCAUCACCACCCUACCUAUGAGCCGAAGAUGGUCACAACAGGGAGCCCCCUAAUCCCCGAGAGCGGUGGACCUGACUUUGACAGUGCCAGCUUUGUGGGGGGCAUCAUCCUGGUGCUGAGCGUGCAGACAAUGAUCUUCUUCAUGCUGCGCUUUCUCAAGGCCAAGAGCAACCCAUACGAGUCUCUGGAGGAGACUCAGACCCAGUAGGUGAGGGGCAGGCCGUGGGGACUGGGCGCUGCCUGGCCAUGUGUGCGUCUGUCUGCUUUUCCUGC